AUGGCGCGCCUAGAACACUCUGGGCAGACUGCCCGGAGCUGGGCGCUCGCAGCCAGAGGACGGGCCGGGCCUGCACCGGACCCGGGGUUCGCGUCUCGCGGCCGCAGAGGCGCAGCGGAUGCCACGGAGGGGCCACAGCGGCGCCCGGCACGCCAGGAACGCCGCUGGCGCCAGCCCGGCUGGCGGCCAGUGCAGUGCAGCAGUGGCACCAGUGCGGCCGGACAGAGAGACGCGAGCCGGCCGCCAGCUAAUGACGGCCAGAGGCCCUCCUCUCCCUCUGCCUCGAAACUUCAGCGGCGCGCGCGGCCGACAAUGGCUCGCGGACAGCGCGACCAGCUGACGCGGGGCGGCGCGCGCAGAGAUGGUUCGCAGAACUCUGAUGGCCACUCGGGCGCGGAUAAACCCUCUGGCGCGGCCGGCCCGCCCCCCGCGCAUGCGCAGCGAGCGCCAGUGGGACGUGCGCAGAGCGAAGCCGGGCGCGCGAGCUCAUCGAGCAAGCUUUCCAAAAUUUUGAAACCCUCCAAGACUCACGGCUUAACUUGUGUGAGAGUGCCACGAUUACACUGUGCAGUUGCGGCAGGUGGCCACAGAGCUGCAUUCCCGGCUGUGGCGGCCGCGGUGUUGCGCGACUGGGCCUCUCUCGCCGCCCGCCCCGCGGGUGAGUCACAGCCGGGCUGCGGGCCAGCGGCGGCCAGAGAGAGAGACGCCCCGCCCCGUCCCGUCCCCUUCUACUCCCGCACGCCGACGCCCACGCGCGAGCCGCCGCUCGCCAAGUGGGUCUCAGUGGGGCCGCAGCCGUAA